GUUUAACAGGAUGUGAGACGUCUUGUCAGCAGAAGUUUUCACUUUGACUUUCUCCUUGGAUAAAGCAGAUCUUUCCUCUGUGCAGAACGUUUGAGUGCAGCUCCACCAGCAGGAGGCGCUCUGCUAUGGAUCAGUGUGAUGACACAGAGGAUGGAGUCCCUUCCUCUCCAUCUUCUCUGUGUGGAGAACAGGAAGCUCUGAGGAGGAAGAAGCAGAGACCAGACUCUCCUGGAUCCAGCUGUGUGUCCAUGAAGAGUGACCAGUCUAUGUUGCUCCCUAUAAAGUUUAAGCUUGGACAACCUGCUGAUGGAAGGUUAGAAUCAAAACCAGUCAGUUCUUUAUGGUUCUUUCCUCCUGUGUGGCCCAGCUACCUUUCACUAUGCUCUCUGCGGAGGGCCUCAUAUUAAUGAUAUUAAAAGAUCGAUCUCUGAAUUAAGGACUCCAGCUCUGCUUCGUGAUUACUCAUCUUCUAUCAGCACAGUAAAUGAAACUAGACAAUUUCCUCAAGCGGAAAUCGCGAGAGGGGCUCGGGGGGCGGUGCCGGUUUCAUUGCAAGGCCAUUUAUGACAAUAGCCGACUUGUCAUUACAAGGUCAUGUCCAAGUCCAAGCUGAAGCAGCAUGUAGCUGGACAAUGACACGGUGAAAUGGUUGAGAAACACUGUACAUGACAGGAGACUUCAUUCAUGUGUUUUAGUCAUGUGGCCUGAUUAGCUGAUGCUGAUCACCUGGCAACUGAGCCUCACCUGUUUUCAUGACAUACCUGGUGGUGUUGACCCUCCCUAUGAAAUAGAGUCCUUUAUUUGAAUUUCAUACAGACAUGCAGUUCCUGUCAAGGUCUUGAUGAGAGCAGGUGCAGAAGAGAUGAACUUUGUUAUUUCCAGCUCCAUUUGAACACAUUGAAAACUUUUAUUGAGAAAGGAUUGUGUGUUGCUAUUUUGAUUGACGUCACCAAAGUCAAGAGAACACAGAAACACACACCAAUGCGUGCUUCACGCGCUAACACACAUACAAAUGAACAAUCUCUCCCAUUCACUUCAUAUGGGAUACAUGUGUGGCUGUCUUUGGCGACUGACGUCGCCAAAGACUUUAUGGGGGACUGUAUGUGGAUGAGAAGCCACCCACCAUCCUGUUAAAGCAUUGUUUUAAUGGGCUGCUUGAUUGGAACAGCUCCAUGUGUGUGCGUGAUCAGAGCCCAUUGAGGGCUGUAUCUGUGUGUCAAUCAAGGAUGACAUCAUCAAAGCACCAGAGCUGCUGUUGCCAUGGUAAUUAAUGCCUGCACGGUUACGCAUCACUGAUUACAGAUCAGUUACACCUGAGGCAGCAGAGUAGUUUUGGGUGAUUUUUGCUUGUGAACACAGUCUCUUUCUCCUCUCCGUGUGCGAAAACCGUAAAUGGUAUCAUCAAACAUAUUUCAGCGUGAGCAUCUGCAGGUUUGGAACUAGCUGUGAUGUAAUUUUGGUGUUGAUUGUGCAAGAAAUGAGGCCAGGAGGGCGAUCUAAAAACGGGCAUCUUUUUGACUUUGAAAUGAAAUGGAUCCGAUUCGGUAACAUUGCAGCAGAUGGCCGAGAUGUCCAUUUUCUUGGGACAGUUGGUCCUCUCACGCCAAAACUGCACAUGAUAUGGCUUUGGUUCUUAGUUCCACAGUAGCGGGACAAGAUUUCCUCCGUUUUGAUAUAUUUUUUUAUGUGUGUGGUGUUAGAUUUGUGGCUGUAGUCACAAGUUGUUCGCAAAGUCUCAGUUGAUGUGUUGGCUCUCUCACACUCUGGGGUGAUGACAUCACCCACUCUAGCAGGGUGAUUUUUCAUGAUUUUCACUCAACGCACAGGAGAUUUGAAGACUUGCCUAUCGAAAACCGUAAACCCCAUCAUCAUAACAAAGACAUUCCUGAAGACAGGACAAAAAUACCUGCGUUUUAAAGUUUGAAUGAUCUCUGUAGGUGAAAGUAUGGCGAAGCAGUAGGGGUGGUAAAAAACCCUAUUUUUGGGUUUUCAUUGUCUCUCUCCCCAUUCAUUUCAGAUGGGACAUUUUUCACAGUUUUUUUGCAAAUAACUUUGCGAAAAACUGUCGAAUCUCUUAGAAAAGUCAUAGCACACCGAUCGGGAACAAACCACAUGUUUUGAUGUAUAAUUUGCAGGGGUUUUCUCAAAGCCCUAGGAGGAGUAGCGCGGCGAAUUUUUGUCCGUAAGAUGAAGACAUAGCUUUGCUAUGAGGAGGAGAGUGGCUCGUGUCGUUGCCCUGAGCCCCUAAUGAAUGUUUGUAUCAGGAUGAAUAAGCAGACACCGGACUCCCCUGGAUCCAGCUGUGAUUCCAUGAAGAGUGACUGGUCUAAGGAUUUCAACAUUGUCUUUAAAAGUGAACAUCCUGCAGAUGAAAGAGUUCACCAGGAGAGCUCAGAGGUCCACAGUGAUCAGUCGGACCAGCACCAUCAAACAGACUUGGACCCGAUUUUUAUGCUGCUGGAGGAGAAAGUAGUCACCUUUGUGAAGAACGAGCUGAAGAGACUCCAGAAGGUUCUGAGUCCAGGUUACCCAGAAUACCUAGGGAGUCAGACUGAGAAUGAGGAGGUACUGGAUUGUGAGGAUGAAGAGCUGAGGAGGAGCAGAGAUGCUUUUCUAGGGAUCACUCUCCACUUUCUGAGGAGAAUGAAGCUAAAAGCGCUGGCUGACCGUUUACUAAGCAACACUGCUGCUUCAGUGUGCCGACAGAAACUAAAGUCUAACCUGAAGGGGAAGUUCCAGUGUGUGUUUGAGGGGAUUGCUAAAGCGGGAAACCCAACCCUUCUGAAUCAGAUCUACACAGAGCUCUACAUCACAGAGGGAGGGACUGGAGAGGUCAAUGAGGAACACGAGGUCAGACAGAUCGAAACAACAUCCAGGAAAGCAGACAGAGCAGAAACUACCAUCAGACAAGAAAAUAUCUUUAAAGUUCCACCUGGAAGAGAUGAACCAAUCAGAACAGUGAUGACGAAGGGCGUGGCUGGCAUUGGGAAAACAGUCUUAAUCCAGAAGUUCACUCUGGACUGGGCUGAAGGCAAAGCCAACCAGGACAUCCAGUUCACAUUUCCAUUCUCUUUCAGAGAGCUGAAUGUGCUGAAAGAGAAAAAGUUGAGCUUGGUGGAACUUGUUCAUGACUUCUUCACUGAAACCAAAGAAGCAGGACUCUGCAGGUUUGAAGAGUUCCAGGUGGUCUUCAUCUUUGACGGUCUGGAUGAGUGCCGACUUCCUCUGGACUUCCACAACAAUGAGAUCCUGACUGAUGUUAGUCAGUCCACCUCAGUGGAUGUGCUGCUGACAAACCUCAUCAGGGGGAAACUGCUUCCCUCUGCUCGCCUCUGGAUAACCACACGACCUGCAGCAGCCAAUCAGAUCCCUCCUGGGUGUGUUGACAUGGUGACAGAGGUCAGAGGGUUCACUGACCCUCAGAAGGAGGAGUACUUCAGGAAGAGAUUCAGAGAUGAGGAGCAGGCCAGCAGAAUCAUCUCCCACAUCAAGACAUCCCGAAGCCUCCACAUCAUGUGCCACAUCCCAGUCUUCUGCUGGAUCACUGCUACAGUUCUGGAGGAUCUGCUGAAGACCAGAGAGGGAGGAGAGCUGCCCAAGACCCUGACUGAGAUGUACAUCCACUUCCUGGUGGUUCAGACCAAAGUGAAGAGCAUCAAGUAUGAUGGAGGAGCUGAGACUGAUCCACAGUGGAAUAAAAAGAGCAGAAGGAUGAUCAAGUCUCUAGGAAAACUGGCUUUUGAGCAGCUGCAGAAAGGGAACCUGAUCUUCUAUGAAGCAGACCUGACAGAGUGUGGCAUCGAUAUCAGAGCAGCCUCAGUGUACUCAGGAGUGUUCACACAGAUCUUCAGAGAGGAGACAGGACUGUACCAGGACACGGUGUUCUGCUUCAUCCAUCUGAGUGUUCAGGAGUUUCUGGCUGCUCUUCAUGUCCAUCUGAAAUUUGUCAACUCUGAUGUUAAUCUGAUGGAAGAGGAACAGACAACAUCGUUGAUGUCUAAGGUUGCCCGAGAAAAACCUAAACGUACAAAAUUUUAUCAGAGUGCUAUAGAUCAGGCCUUACAGAGUCCAAAUGGACAUCUGGACUUGUUCCUCCGCUUCCUCCUUGGUCUUUCAUUGCAGAUCAAUCAGAAUCAUUUACGAGGUCUGCUGAAAAAGACAAAAAAUAGAUCACAAAAAAAUCAAACAGUGGAGUACAUCAAGAAGAAGAUCAAUGAGGAUCUGUCUGCAGAGAAAAGCAUCAACCUGUUCCACUGUCUGAAUGAACUAAAUGAUGGUUCUCUAGUGGAGGAGAUCCAACAGUCCCUGAGAUCAGGACGUGUCUCCACAGAUAAACUGUCUCCUGCUCAGUGGUCAGCUCUGGUCUUCAUCUUACUGUCAUCAGAAGAAGAUCUGGACGUGUUUGACCUGAAGAAAUACUCUGCUUCAGAGGAGGCUCUUCUGAGGCUGCUGCCAGUGGUCAAAGCUUCCAACAAAGCUCUGUUGAGUGGCUGUAACCUCUCAGAGAGAAGCUGUGAAGCUCUGUCCUCAGUGCUCAGCUCCAAGUCUUCUAGUCUAAGAGAGCUGGACCUGAGUAACAACAAUCUGCAUGACUCGGGAGGGAAGCUUUUGUCUGUUGGACUAAAGAGUUCAGACUGCCGACUGGAAACUCUUAGAAUUUCAAACUGUCUGAUCUCAGAAGAAGGUUGUGCAUCUCUGGCCUCAGCUCUGAGCUCCUUCUCCCACCUGAGAGAGCUGGACCUGAGCUACAAUCAUCCAGGAGAACGAGGAGAGAAGCUGCUAUCUACUCGACUGAAGGAUCCAGACUGCAGACUGGAGACACUGAGGAUGGACUAUGGAGGACUGCACAAGCUGAAGCCUGGUCUGAGGAAGUACAUCUGGGAGCUGGAAGUGGACACAAAUACAGUGAGCAGAUUCCUCAAACUGUCUGACAACAACAGGAAGGUGACACGUGUGGAGGAGGUUCAGCCAUAUCCUGAUCAUCCAGACAGAUUUGAUUACUGUUCUCAGCUGCUGUGUCAGACUGGUCUGACUGGUCACUGUUACUGGGAGGUCGAGUGGAGAGGAGUCGUUUAUGUAUCAGUGAGUUACAGAGGAAUCAGGAGAGGUGAAAGUGCUGAAUGUGUGUUUGGAUGUAAUGAUCAGUCCUGGAGUCUGAUCUGCUCUGAUGGUGGUUACGCUGUCUGUCACAAUAACAGAAGAACAAACAUCACUUCCUCCUCAGUCUCUGGUAGAGUAGCAGUGUAUGUGGACUGUCCUGCUGGCUCUCUGUCCUUCUACAGAGUCUCCUCUGACACACUGACCCACCUCCACACCUUCAACACCACAUUUACUGAGCCUCUCUAUCCGGGGUUCUGGCUCUAUCAUCAUGGUUCCACUGUGUCUCUGUGUGGUGUGUCGGUCUGAGAGACACUGCUGACCGAAGAUCAGCUGAUUCUGUUCUUUCUCGGAUGUUUCAUUAAUUCUGAUUUACUCAUUUUGACUUUAAACAUCUGAUCACUUUCAUCUAUUUGUAUUUCUUUUAUGUUUUGAUGAAAGCUGUCAUAUAUUUCGGAAUAAAGUACUGUUUAUCUAU